AUGGCUUCUAACAGCCCCAAAUCCGGCUUCUUGGGCAACAUAACCAAGGAUGAGAAGGCCAAAUUACAAAGACUUUGGUCCGUUCUACUCAAGGCAGGCGAAACAUCCUUAAGCAAUGAUCCUGCCAAUGGCUGCGCCCAGCAUUUUCAUUUACCUCAACCCCAAAGGCAGUUGUCGCUUCUUGGCCGCACACAGAGCAACGUCUCCGAAAAGGCUAUCCCCACGCCAAACACCCCAUAUUACCAAAGUAUUAUGAAAGAUCUCGAAGAAAUGGGGGCUGGAGUAACUGAAUCCAACGCAAUCAAGAAAGCCCUCUCCGAGAUCACACCUACUGAGCUUCGUACGGGAGUACUUAACACUCUCAAACACGAGCACCCGGAUGCUGUGCUUCUGCGAUUUCUCCGUGCUCGCAAAUGGGAUGUCUCAAAGUCGUUUGCAAUGAUGAUGGGAGCAGUUGUGUGGCGAGUGAAGGAGAUGCAAGUAGAUGAAGAUGUGAUGGCAAAGGGAGAACUUCAUGCCCUUAAGCAAACCGAAAACCAAUCCAGCACAAGUGAACAGAAAGCCGGAAACGACUUUUUGUCUCAAAUGCGAAUAGGAAAGAGUUACGUGCAUGGCGUUGAUAGAGUUGGUCGCCCAAUCGUGGUGGUGAGAGUCCGCCUACACAAGCCUGGGGCCCAGAGUGAAGAAUCUUUGGAGCGAUAUAUUGUGCAUGUAAUCGAAUCAGUACGACUCACAUUAGCUCAUCCAGUCGAGACUGCAGCUGUUCUAUUUGAUAUGACAGGAUUUGGACUCUCUAAUAUGGAAUAUCCACCUGUGAAAUUCAUUCUCAGGUGUUUCGAGGCCAACUAUCCUGAAUGUUUGGGAAUUAUGCUUAUCCAUAAUGCCCCGUGGGCCUUUUCCGGGAUUUGGCGGCUCAUUCGCGGAUGGAUGGAUCCUGAAAUUGCUGCGAAGGUCGAGUUUACAAAUAGUGUCGCCGAUCUCGAGAAGUUCAUCCCCCGGGAGCACAUCGUGGAAGAGAUGGGCGGGGAUGAGAAGUGGUCAUAUCAAUAUGUUGAGCCCAGUUCUUCUGAGAACUCAAAGAUGGAUGAUACUACGACACGGGACGCGCUGAAAGGCGAGCGGCAAGCUAUUGGUGAAGAGUUCCUGGCUGCUACGUCUAGGUGGAUCAGUGCGGCGAAAUCAAAGGACACGACGAAACUGCAAUCAAUCGAAAGAGAAAGAGCGUAUCUAGCCGAGCGACUGCGCGUUAACUACUGGAAACUGGAUCCCUAUAUUCGGGCUCGCCUUCUCUUAGACCGCACGAAGGUUAUUCAGGGUGGUGGCAAGGUUGAAUUCUAUCCCAGGGAGGUUCCUGUGGAGAGUGACAUUGAAAUUAACAAGGCGUUGGACGUGGAACAUUUAGAGCGGAUUGACAAUACCGCACUAUCCACGCUUUCGUAG